AUGGUGAGAUUUUUGAUGAAUGGGCAGAGAGAGAAAGAACUGAUUCCGUCUAUAACAGUAAAGGAACCCUUGGACUUGGUGAGAUUAAGUUUAGAUGAAAGAAUAUACGUUAAAAUGCGAAAUGAUCGUGAACUUCGCGGCAGAUUACAUGCAUAUGACCAACAUAUGAACAUGAUUUUAAGUGAUGCCGAAGAAACAAUUACUACAGUAGAAAUAGAUGAGGAGACAUAUGAAGAAGUUUAUAGAACUACAAAGAGAAAUAUUCCAAUGCUUUUUGUAAGGGGAGAUGGGGUUAUUUUAGUAUCUCCACCAAUGAGAACAUCCUAA